AUGGCACCGGCGGGCACGAAGCCUGCCCGCUGUCCAGGUGGAACAGUUUCAGAGCUCAACCGUAUCCUUAUCAGCCAUGGCCGCAAGACUUCAUGGAUGCAAUCGAUAUUGGUUUUGGACCAGAUGCAGGAAGUGCGUGUUCAGCCGGACGUCUACACUUGCAGCUCUGCGAUUAACUCUUGCCAACUUGGAGCGUGGCAGAUGGCACUUCAAUGCUUCGACCGUCUCAGCCAGACUGUGCUUCCCAAUCCUGUCGUGUAUACCACCCUGAUGAUGGCAUUCAGCAAGCAUGGGGAGUGGCAACAAGCCCUCUUUCUGUUCCACAGCCUUGUGGUGCAGCAGAUACAGACAGACACCAUUCUCCACAGCGCUGCGGUGAAGGCCUGCGAGGAUGGAAGUCAAUGGCAAGUUGCUCUUCGCAUCCUCCAUGACCUCUCAAAGCAAACCCUGCUGCCAGACACGGCUUUCCUGAACUCGGCCAUCAGUGCCUGUGAGAAAAGCGAUCAAGGAGAAGCGUGGGCUUGGGGCCUGGAGCUGCUCAGGUGCCUUUGGCACUGGGUCCUCCUGCCCGAUGCCAUUUCUUUCAGUGCAGCCAUUAGCGCUUGCGAGAAGGCCUUUCAGUGGCCGGCGGCUUUGUUGCUUCUGGCCGACGUCCAAAGCUGCUCCUUGGAGCUGGACAUUAUCCUGUGCAACGCCGCGCUCAGCAGCUGUUCCAAAGGUCCGGCCCAGUAA